AAUGAUGGAUUCCGCCGUGAGUUCUGCCGAAAACAAGUCUUUAGCAGUAUUUAUAUAUCCUAAGGUCCUUUUUCUCAGUGGACCUAAGCGCAUUUUAAGAGGACCGGCAUAUACCUUAGAGGUCAUUUUCUAUGUUUUAUUUUAUCUCUAAGUCUUUAUUGUACUCUAAUUUCUCAAGAUUUUCUUUUCUUUGUAUGUUUAUAUUGCUUUUUAAAGGAGGAUUUCCUCAAUCGAUUGUUUGUUUAUUUUUCACAGAAGGCAAUGGUUGUAUAUGAAAAAUGUUUAUUUUGUUUUUAAAAUUUUACAAUUGAAGAAAAAAUUCUUGAUUUUUUAGAAAAAAUUUAAAGCAAUCGAAUUAAAAGCGUUUAAAUUAAUUAAGUAAAUUUUUUAAUUAUUUUCUUUUUCUUUAAUAAUAUUUCCCAAUUUUUCAAAUAAUUGGCCUGCUGCUCGGAACGUGCUGCCAAGAUCUCGGUACACGUCUGCCAAACGUAUAUUUUUUCGGGUAGCUUCUCCUAUGGCCUUCGCUUCGGUUAUUUGUUUUUCUUCCAAUUUCUUUUUGGCCUCUGUCUCGUCGUUUGCCUGAAUUUGUUUUUUUGAGAAAAUUACUGGUAAAUUUAAAAUCCUUUGUAAGAAAUUUAGAUUUACUUUUAUUGGCUGAGCUUUGGUUGGUGGAGUAUUUCUGACAGGGCACCUCACUGGCGUUCGAUGAUAGACUCUGGUUGGUACAACUGCUGCUUCCUUGCUCAAGGUGUGAUCCUCCUUGAAAGAUUAAGGUUUCGAAAAUUUUUCUUUUUAAAAAUUCAGAAGUUUUUUUGUGUUGAUAAUUAACUAUUUGUGAGUCUACCUUCUUUUUGUAGUUGUUUGGUUCAACUUUGGUGGUCCGGAUUGGAGUAGGAGGCGAACAGGCCCUACGAGGUGUAGCAGGUUGUUUUAAUUUGGGAGAGCUCUUUCUGAAUAAAAAUAAUGGACUGAUUGCUCUCUUUAUUACGAACCUCUUUAAUGGAGGUUCUUCGUCUGUUGAGUUUUC